CCAUGUGACGUCACGGCCUAUGGCACGGUUAGAUGGGAGGUAGAAAGCCUGGGUAAAGUUGUCACAGAAAUCUAACAGAAAAUGGCAACUUUCUCGUCAUAUCGGAGAAAUACUUUGCGUACACUGGUGUUCGCUUUAAUAACCAUUCCGCCGCUUAAUGCUUUAUUGGAGCAGGGGAAAUGGACUCUUAAUGUGGACAGCGAAAUGAUAAAGCAACAAAAUUACUUCUAUUUCUCAAAGACGAUGUUUAAUAACUCCCUAAUUGAUAUCACAUGGCUCAGAGAAGAAUGCAGUCAUCCUGUAAACUUGACAAUUUCGUGGUAUCUACGCAGCUGCCGGUGCUUUGAAGAAGCAUUUGGUCAGGAUUCUCAAAGUGUGCUGUCGUACUUCGGCAGCGACAAAGUGUUUAAGAAUGGAGACAGCGGAUACUAUAUCACCCAUACUUAUGAUCCAAUCGAAUGCCACCAACACAUGCCCAAAAAUAAAUUAGCAGUGUUAGUGCUUGAUAAGCCAAAACCUCUGAAAACUCAAAAUCUGGAAACAUCAAAUCCACCAGAUAGGAAGAGGAGAGGCACGGAGGUCUCCGAAACCCCUGCAAAGGUGUCAAACAGUGUUGUGGAAAACAAAAACAAGAUUCUGUCAGGUGUUCAGAACCCUACACACGACACUGUGGCACAGACGUGGGAGGACAGCCCUUACAUGUUCAUUAUCCACAUUGAAAAUCCAGGCACAGAAAAAGAAUGGAGCAUUAAGUUGGAAGUCAACAUGCGGGGACUUCAUCAGUACAUCUCAGCCACAGAGUGGCCUCUGAUGAUUUUCUACAUGGUGAUGUGCAUCAUCUAUGUGCUGUUGGGUGUGCUGUGGCUUGCUCUCUCUGCCUGCUACUGGAGAGACCUUUUGCGUAUCCAGUUUUGGAUAGGAGGAGUCAUUUUCCUGGGCAUGCUAGAGAAGGCUGUCUACUAUGCAGAGUUUCAGAGCAUCCGCUAUGAUGGACUCUCAGUUCAGGGUGCCGUGGUGUUUGCUGAAGUAUUGUCUGCUGUGAAGAGAACUUUGGCUCGAGUACUUGUCAUAAUUGCCAGUCUGGGUUAUGGAAUUGUCAAACCAAGGCUUGGAGCAUUGCUGCACAGAGUGGUAGGAGUAGGACUACUUUAUCUCGGAUUCUCCGUUGUCGAGGGCGUUCUCAGAGUCAACUCGGCUGAAGAUGACCUAGUAUUGCUGGCUGCCAUUCCACUGGCUGUGCUCGACUCUACCCUCUGCUGGUGGAUAUUCAUAAGCUUGGCACAAACCAUGAAACUUUUGCGGCUUCGGAGAAACGUGGUAAAGCUCUCCCUUUAUCGGCAUUUCACCAACACCCUCAUCUUUGCGGUCAUAGCUUCAGUCAUUUUUAUCAUUUGGACAACAAAGACCUUCAAGUUAUCAAAAUGCCAGUCUGACUGGAGGGAGAUGUGGAUAGAUGAUGCAUUCUGGCGUUUUCUCUUCUCUACUAUCUUGCUUGUCAUCAUGUUCCUUUGGAGGCCUUCUGCCAACAACCAGAGGUAUGCUUUUAGCCCACUGGUGGAUGAAUUUAGUGAUGAGGAGGAAGCAGAGCAACUGAUGAAUGAAGCCUUUGAAGGUGUUAAAAUGAGAGGUAUUAAAUCGGAGACCAAUGGAAGUGCAAAGCCAAAUAAAGUGGAUGAAGAUCUAAAAUGGGUUGAGGAAAACAUUCCCUCAUCAAUGGCUGAUGUUGCACUGCCCCCUCUGCUGGAUUCAGAUGAGGAAAUCAUGACAACAAAAUUUGAGAUGUCAAAAAUGGAAUAAAAUUAUGCUUUGUGUAUGUGUUGUAAAUACUGAGUGUCUGUGACUGUAAACGCUUAUUUUAUUUUGAAUUAUAAGGGAUGUAUGUAAAUAUGUGGGAUGUGAAUAAUGAAGGUAUCAAACUGAUGGACAGUUAUUAAUGGAUGGAUUAAUAUUUUGCCUGUUUAUUUAUAUUUUCACUGGAAAGGUAUCGGCUUCUUCAACCCAAACUGUAAUGAUAUUUGACAUUUGUUUACAUAUCUGAAACACACAAUGUGAUUAAAGCCCACUUCUUUAUACUA